AUGAACCAAGAAAAUCAAUAUCUCAACGGCAAUCUCAGCUAUGAAAAGCUUCUUUCGAAAACUUUCUUACGAAAAUUAGAAGAUCAUGAUGAAGAACAAUCUUCAAUUACCCCUAAACGACCAUUACUAUCGCGAGAUCGUUUGAUGGGUGUGUUCAAUGAAAUCUCUCCUCUUUCUGAUCAAAAUUCUCGUUUUGAACAUUCAAAACAUGUAUAUUUAUCAACAAAUUCGAUAGACUCAGUCAAACCUGAUCAAUCAACGAUGUCUGUUUCGGAAAAUCGUAUAUUUAUCAUAAGUCCUCCACAACCAACUCGAUCGACCAUGAUCGAAGAUGACGACAGCACUUCUAUACCUGUUUAUAUUCAAAGAAAAGCUAGACCUGCACCACCAUCUACAUGGAAAGCUCCUGUUUCAUUCCCAAAAUCAUCGACGAUGAUCAAAGCAAGCACUGAAUCACUACAACCAUCUCCCGAACUUCUUCCACCAACUUCACCAAUAGUUUCUUUUCAACCAGCUAUUCGAGCACGUAUUCCAUUCAAUCUCUCAUCAACAAAUACCGUCGAUAAACAAUCCCAUGCCUUCACCAUCUGGUUAAAUUCAUUGUUUACUCCAGUAGACUUCUUACCGAACGCGGCAACAAAUCAAUCAACAUCACAUGAAGAUUUGACGGCAAAGAAAACAUUCAAAUCGGCGAUUGAAUCUAAUCGUUGGUAUACUGUCCGUGAUCGUGCUCGAGAAAUCUUUGCACGCGACAUUCUACCUAUUGCUGCAAAGAUCAGUGCUGAUAUCGAUGUUGAUCACUGUCGAAUUAAUCCCAAAUCUGAUUUGACGUUUUCGGCACGAUCAGUCAAUCGACAAGCAUUCAUGAAAUUCAUAUCUUCAUACAAUCGCACAUGGUUUCGCUUAGCGAUGGAGAUUCUUUUUCCAAUCAAUAUUGAAAAUUAUCAUCAGAUGAAAAUCGCUAUUGAUCAAUAUCUCCUUCAAUCGAAUCAGAGUUUAUCGAAUGAAAUCUCCUCGAAGAAGAUGUCUAUGAACAGUAGUAACAAAAUCGCUUCAGCACAGAUUCGUUUGACUAUCAAAAACAUAUUAAUCAUCAUCGUCUUUCUCGAACGAGUAAAAAUCUUACGUCUAAUCGACAAUGAUCCAUGUUUAUACCAUCGUGAUUCGAAAUUUAAAUCGACCAAGGAAUCGCUCGAUGUUCUUUCACGCGAUUUCAUCAGUUCAGACACGAAUCUUCUACGUCGUUUGAAAUUAGCUGGAUACGAACCAACAUACAAACAAACAUCAUUAGAUGAAUACAAUUAUUUGAUUACAAACGAAGAGAACAAAUUAUUCGAUGAUUUAAAGGAUGGAAUUCGUUUAACUCGUUGUGCACAAAUAUUGUUAUCGUCCAACAAUGAACAAGUAGCAAAAUUUGAUCUCUCGACAAAAUUGAAAUGUCCGGUAGUGAAUCUCGUUCAUAAAUUAUUGAAUAUUGAUCAAGCUUUUGAUUUGUUUCAAACAUAUGGUCAUGUCGAUUUAACUGGCAUAACAAAUAAGGAUAUUAUGAAUGGAAAUAAGCAGCGUACACUUGAGUUACUUUGGCGAGUGUUUACUGUGUGUUAUUUACCUAAAUAUUUAUCCCCAAUUGACAAAUUAAAUCGCGAAAUAUCGAUUUUAUCAGACAGUCUAGCUAAAUUGUGUUCACCGAUCGAACAACGUCUACUCACAAUCGAUCUGGCAUGUUUACGAAAAGAAACAUCACCGAUCAUUCGUUCUCUAACUAAAUGGAUUCAAUUGAUUUGUGCACAUUACAAAUUUUGGCUCUACGAUCUUCAGGAAUCGUUUGCCGAUGGUCGAGCAUUUCUUUAUAUAAUCUCGUACUAUUUCCCAUCGUUAUGUGAUUACAAACGAGACAUUAAACAUUUAACAACACUAGCAACAUGUCAGACACGUGAAGAACAUAUUCAAUUCAAUCUUGAACUUGGUCAACAACCUCAACAACACUUGAUCAACACAUACGAACGUAAUGUCAAAGCAAAUUUUCGUUUAUUGGAAGAGUGUAUCAAACAAUUCGGAACAUUUUCAUACGAUCUAAUCAAAUACGAAUCUUAUGCGAAAGAUUUACCUGAUCAACGAUGUACAAUUCUAAUCUUGGCUAUGCUUGCGCAUGAUUUACUAUUCGACCAUCAUCAACACUUAGAUGACGAAAGUGAUUUUCGUCAUCAGAUGAUUUUCGAUGAAUUUAGAAGUCAACACUCGAAGAAAGAGGAGAUUGAAAUCACUCAAGAGAAUUCUCCGGAAAUUUCUCUUAUCAAUGAAACACCCAAUGAAGAAGUUCUUUCUGCUAAACUUUCACUUACUUAUCCAACGGAAAAUAUUCACCUGAUUCCAAUCAUUCACUUGGAAUCGAUAUCAGUACCAGUUAAAGAAGAGGACAACAAGACGAUGACAAAUACGAAUGACGUGAUUUCACAAUCAGUUUUGGAUACAAUGAAUCAUGACAUUCUGGAUCGUCUGGAUUUAUUAUCAGAAUUUCGUACAGAUGAUGUCGAUAAUCACGAAGAAGAAGAAGAAGAAGAAUCAUUCAGUUCGGCUCGUUCAAGUUCAACAAGAAUCGAUCAUCGACGAACAUCCAUUGCUGCUACAAUGGCUUCACUUUCAAUGGAUGAUUUUGUUGAAUUAGAGAAAACCAUCGAAAAAGAAGAAAGUAGAAACAACACAUCUCUAUGCCUUAUCGAUGAAACCAUUUCAUCCGAAGGAUCAUUCGUCGAUCCAAUCAAUACAAGAAUGAUCAAAGAAACAUUUACUUUAUUUUUAUCUCAACAACAGCAGGAUACACUUAGAAACGAUGAUCAAAACAAUCGUUCAAAUGAGCAACGAUCCGAGUCAGAACGGCAGAUGCACGCAGCUGAAAUCGUUCAAGCCCAUUGGCGCGGAUAUCAAACUCGUGCGGAGAACGUGCGAAAUCAUCAUCCAGUAGUUCAUAUUCUUGACAAACUUCGUUCACAACAAUUUCAAUCGUCCUCAUCCCUAACCAUUCGUGAACGUAUGAUGCAAAUAGUCAAAGAAUUUUCUGAAUCGUCGGCAUUGUCACUGACUGCUUAUCUACAUUUUCUACGCGAUAUUGAACCAAUUAUUGGUUGUUGUUUGGAAAUACGCUAUUUAAUAGCUCAACAAGGUUUAUUGCGUUUGUUUUUUAUUCUGAUGAAAUGUUGCAAUCGAAGUGGACCAUCAACGAUCUUGCUUAGCAAAGUCUUGACUAUUCUACGGCUCUUUACUGUCAAACAUGAUUUGACUGUGAAAUUAAUUGAAAAAUCUGAAUAUGUCAAAGACUUUACGAUGCUUUUAUUAAAGUUUUAUCAAAACAAUGGUCAUGAAAUCUUCGAGCAACUUUGCUUUUUACUUCAACUCAUCGUCAAAGAUGAUCAAGCGCGAAGAAAAUUACGAGCAAAUCGAUCGUUUACAGAAGCGAUUGAAUAUAUUUACAAACGAAUCUUCAAUAAACUGAUAGUUGAAGAUGAAAAACAUAGACAACAGGCGCGCUCGACUCCCAAGCAACCGACGAAAUUGACACACCGUCGAACGACUGUUUUAAAUCAGACAACAACUCUUCAUCCUACUCCGAAAUCAAUGCGAUCAUUAUCAGAAGCUCAAAACGAAAAUUUCGCUAAGAAUAUCUUUUCAAUCGAACAAUUUAUGAGAAUUUUUUAUUCAGAUUAA